AUGGACAUUCCGGAGCCACUCAGAGCAGUGGGUCGCCGGAUAAAUCAGACACGCGGCGCCUGGUAUGAAGGUGACAUUUUCUCCAUCUUGAAACAGAUAGCCUGUAUCAUUCGAUCAUUUGAAUUUGCUUUGGCAGACGGCGCUGUUGAUUGCUCUAGAGAGUAUGAAAAGGGCACUUCAUGGGCAGAGCGAUACUGGGAUGUGCAUGAGCGACGAUAUCUUGAUGAUGAGGCGAGCAAGUUGAUGCUCUUCGAAGCGAAAAGCACGGUGGGAAUUGAAGCGGGCGAGCAAGUAUACAUGACUACUGUCGCUCAGCAGCGACAUGUGGCAUUCUACAUUGGCAUGAAUUCAGCAGAACCCACGUUUGUGGAUGUAAUCCCAAACUACUUGCAAGUUAAACAGGCUCUAGAACGUGAAGAGACAACAUACACGGAUGAUCCAGAAGGCCGCCAGGAUGUGAAGGUCAACACUGCUAGGAUGUCUGUUCAUUCGCCACGAGCCUAUGCUGGGAUCGAUCAGUGCAGCACACCUUAUCGUAUGCCAAUUUCCUUCCUUGCAGAGGCCAUCGCCCGCAUUCGACGCUGCGCUCUUGGCGAAGGAAUCUACAUCAAUCCCUGGACCGCCGUCGAGUUCCCCAAUUGGAAACCGCUAUGCACGACUAUGACAAAGUUCAUUAGGCCAGCAGACAAAGCAGAUCACGCCACAGCCUACGAGGCAUUCUUGGAUCUCUAUCGCACUAUUAGAAAUUUCCGACUCAACCCGUCAACAGCGUUGGACAUUGAUGUUGUCGGAMUUCAGCCUAGCCUUGCAGAUUUCAAAAUCCUGCUAGGAGGCAGACAAUACUUUGUUCAACAUAAGCUCGACAUGCGUGUUCGAUCUGCGGGMUCUGCUUUGGACAGAGUUGGCGUAGCCCGUGGGGAUGGAACCGAACGUGGAUGGUACUUCUCUUCAUUCUCCAGAUUUGACUUCUUGUGGUUUCAAUUCCACUACUCCAAAGGCAACGGCGAGAUUGAGCGUGUUUUCUUUUUCGUGCYGGAGCGGGAGCUGCCAAAUAUUCUUUUCACCACGUUAGAAAAGAAUAUCAAUUUCGAAGACUUCUCGAGCCUACAGCGGUUCCGUAUGGUGCUAGACGCAKAUGGUGCCUGGAUACACAGUGUUGAGCGAAUAUUACACGAGUAUUCGACCCCAAGAUCAUGCCAAGAGCGACCGCUGCGCGUAGUUCCGCCUCCAACAUUGUCAAGCGAAGUCGACGAUCGUACUCUGCCGGAUAGGGAGUCAUGCAAGCUGCCUCUCGGACGCUGUCUCUUCGCAAAGCAGACAAUGCGAGGUCAAAAAGCUUUCUUUCGCAACGUCCUGAGGUUGUGUGCUCACAGGGGUUCUGGUCUACUUGUUGUAAUGGCAACUUUACAUCCAUGGUCAGACUUCGGCUAUCUGAAGUACAAGUGGAGUGCGAAGGAGAAAGCGGCGUUCGCACGGCAUGGGGACCCUCCACAGGCUUUACACCAUCUGUCUCCGAAUACGUUGAUCGUGCCCAUAUCAUACUACACGCAGCAUGCAGAAGCAGCAUCUACAGGACCGAACGUACGAGCACGGCAUUUCCGGCGCCUUGAUGCGAGCCGCGAACCACGCAUCACGAUAUGGGAUAUCAGUGGGCCAGACGGGAACCCUGACCGACCACACAAGCAAGCUGUCAUUCCAUCUGAUGACAUUGAGCCAUCGAAUGCYCAGCGAAGACUUUUCCAAAGGAACCUCUCCACUGACAAGAAUAGGGGCGAGUUCGAAGAGAGGAAUCCAACUCUCUCAGCCCUACUGAAGACUGGAUUGCUGGCUGCAGAGUACGGCAUCGGUGACGGUGGGCCACUAAGUUACGAAAGUAACAACUGGAGUUCAAUUCUGGAGAUUCUAGACCAAUUCAUAUCACUGAAUACUUUUGAGCAUCCUCAAAACCAUAUCCGGCAACCCACGAUGUACCAACAUACUGUGCAGAGUGCAAACCAAAGGCUGGUAAAGCAGCACGAGCUCUCGCAAUGUAAGCAGAAAGAUGGAGAGGACUGCGCAGAAGAAGUCCCGUGGUAG